UUUUUUUUUUUUUUUCAAUCUGCGUUUAAAUACCAAAUUGAGUCUCGGGGGAGCCGGGGUGGGGUGGGGGCACGGAAGCAUCGUAGAGGGGAAUCGUAAAGCGUAGGUCCCAGAGCGCUCAGCCCGCGCCCAACCCCUCUCCGUGCUGCCGGACGGACUGACGGAGCGCUGCUCGCAACGAGCCCCGGAGCUGCCAUCGUGCUGCCUAGCGGGAGCCGGGACGACGAUCCGCCGUGUGCCGAUCCACCGCGGGGAACGCCGUGCGGAGCUUGAUGCGGGAGAGUCGGGGUGCGCGCAGGGACUGCCUGGUGCCCGGCGGCUCCGCCGUUGACUUACCCUGCUUUCUUUUCAGUGGAUUCGUAGCGUACUUUUCUGAAUUAAAGCUUGCCGCUGUGUGUACAGAAGCCAAAUGACACGUGUGUUUUGAAACGCUGCUCCAAAUAGAUCCAUCCCCGAACCCGGAUUCUCGCUAGGAGGAGACCGUAGGUCUCCGAACGACCCCGAUUUUACUGUUUGGUGAACACUAUCUCCAGAGAAGUUGCUAUAGAUUGCUUUAUAACGGUUCCGCAAGAAGGGGGAUUUUCCGGCUUGCAGGACCCGAGAAACUGGAUACUAAAAGUCACUUAAAUGUUCUAACAGCAUUGGAAAAUGGGAGCUGCUACGAAGUUAGCGUUCGCUGUUUUUCUCAUCUCGUGUUCUUCAGGUGCCAUACUUGGCAGAUCAGAAACACAAGAGUGCAUCUACUACAACGCUAAUUGGGAAAAAGAUAAAACAAAUCGCAGUGGCAUUGAACCGUGUUAUGGAGAUAAAGAUAAAAGACGACACUGUUUUGCUACAUGGAAGAAUAUUUCUGGAUCAAUUGAAAUUGUGAAACAAGGUUGCUGGCUAGAUGACAUCAACUGUUAUGACAGGAAUGAUUGCAUAGAGAAAAAGGACAGCCCUGAAGUGUUCUUCUGUUGCUGUGAAGGCAACAUGUGUAAUGAACGCUUCUUCUAUUUUCCAGAAAUGGAGGUCACACAGCCAACUUCCAAUCCGGUCACACCGAAGCCACCUCUAUUCAAUACCUUGCUUUAUUCAUUGGUGCCUAUAAUGGGAAUUGCAGUGAUUGUGCUCUUUUCAUUUUGGAUGUACAGACAUCACAAGCUAGCAUAUCCUCCAGUACUUGUUCCAACCCAAGAUCCUGGACCACCGCCGCCUUCACCAUUGAUGGGUUUGAAGCCACUGCAGUUGCUAGAGAUCAAAGCCAGGGGACGCUUCGGCUGUGUGUGGAAAGCUCAGCUGCUGAAUGAGUAUGUUGCAGUCAAAAUAUUCCCUAUCCAGGACAAGCAGUCGUGGCAAAACGAAUAUGAAAUCUACAGCUUACCCGGAAUGAAGCAUGACAAUAUUUUGCAGUUCAUCGGUGCGGAGAAACGAGGCACGAGUAUUGAUGUAGAUCUGUGGUUAAUUACAGCAUUUCACGAAAAGGGUUCAUUAACUGACUUCCUCAAGGCCAACGUGGUUUCCUGGAACGAGCUGUGUCACAUUGCUCAGACCAUGGCUCGAGGCUUGGCGUAUCUCCACGAGGACAUACCAGGGCUGAAAGAUGGACACAAACCCGCCAUCUCGCAUAGGGACAUCAAAAGCAAGAAUGUGCUGCUGAAAAAUAACCUUACAGCUUGCAUUGCUGAUUUUGGUCUAGCUUUAAAGUUUGAGGCUGGAAAAUCUGCAGGAGAUACGCAUGGACAGGUUGGCACACGAAGGUAUAUGGCUCCUGAGGUUCUAGAAGGUGCUAUAAACUUCCAAAGGGAUGCGUUCUUGAGAAUAGACAUGUAUGCCAUGGGCUUAGUCCUCUGGGAACUGGCAUCGCGCUGCACUGCCUCAGAUGGCCCAGUAGAUGAGUACAUGUUGCCAUUUGAAGAAGAAAUUGGCCAGCAUCCCUCCCUUGAAGACAUGCAGGAAGUUGUGGUUCAUAAAAAGAAGAGACCUGUUUUAAGAGAGUGUUGGCAAAAGCAUUCUGGGAUGGCGAUGCUGUGUGAGACCAUCGAGGAGUGCUGGGAUCACGACGCAGAAGCCAGGCUGUCGGCGGGGUGCGUAGAAGAACGCAUUAUUCAGAUGCAAAAACUAACUAACAUUAUAACGACAGAAGACAUUGUGACUGUGGUCACGAUGGUGACAAACGUUGACUUUCCUCCCAAAGAAUCCAGUCUAUGAUAGUUGCACUGGUCACGUCACUGACCACCGGGACUCUUCACUGGAGCUGCUAAAGCUAACGGGGCCGCUGCCGUGGUGGUUUGCUGUGUGAAGCGGCCGCCGGGUCCCUCGGAGCAUCGUCAGGAGCUGUUUCCCCUUACGCUCCCCCUCCUCCUCCCACACACGAAUCCACCAGACUUUCUGCAUUCCCUGCUUACGCCGAAGGACGCGUCGUGACUGAGAGGUGACUGAGAGGUGGCAUCGGGGCUGUUCAGGACCCGUGCUGGCUAACGGAGCGUUUUAAAAACUGACGUCAGAUUUCUUAAUACCUGUCAGAAGAGACUAAUUCCUUCAAUGAACUACUGUUAUUUUUUUUAAAUCAAACAUUUCAUUUCAGAUUUAAAAAAAAGAAAGAAAGAAAAAAAAAAAAGGGUAACUCGUUUUUAUUGCAUUUGCUGUUGUUUAUAAAAAAUGACUAUUGUAAUGCCAAUAUGACACAGCUUGUGAAUGUUUAGUGUGCUGCUGUUCGGUGUACAUAAACAAAAGUAAUCAAGUGGGAUAUAGCAAAGAGGCUUCCAAGUAUUACUUAACCUCCCUCAACAAGGUAUACCUCAGUUCCACCUCUGCUAAAUUAUGAGAUUGACAACACUAACAAAAUUGGAGUAAUAAAUCGAUCCGUGUUUUGUAAAUGAUGUAUUUCAAAUUCACUGUGUUAUUUAAAAAGGGUAAGCUAUGCUUCAUGCCAACAGUAAAUGGCCAUUCCUAAAGCAGUGUUUUUAGCCUUUUUCUUGUACUAGCUUGUUGUGUAUAAAAAAAAAAAAGUGCUGUUUAUUGAAACAAACUUUUCCUCCCUGUUUUAGUUUGAAGCUUUUCUCUUACCUCCAUUUCCCAGAGUAUCUCAUGCAUUUAUUUAAUGGAAUACUAUUUAGGUUUGCUGUGUCUGAGGAAUAGUUGAAAGCUUACGCAUGACUUUUUUAAUUUUCGGUGAGCUGUGACACUGGAAAGCUCUGAAAUCUUAGUCUUUUUUUUUUUUUUUUUUUAAAGAGAAGUCUUUUUCCUAUUUAUGUUUGUGAGAAGGUCUGCCUCGCGUGUUCUCUGUUUCACUAAACAGGAUGCAGUGGGUUCUGUGUCCCUGUUUCAGGAUCACCUCAGGAAGCUCAGUUACCCCCGAUUCCUUCCUCUCUGCUUUGAGAGCUGCAUCUUCACUCUCCUCCGAGUUGGUGCCAUCCUAUCAGCGUACUGCUUACUGUCUGUGCUACGUAGGCUUAUCCUCCCCCUACUGAAACUACCGCCACCGCUGUCAGAUGACAAACACUUAAAAAUUUCAGGGAUAAUCUAGUCACGCGUGUAACUUAAAUAUGCAAUGACAAUUCAGAGGUAACGAAUACCGCUGUCCGCACCACAGACUUGCAGAGACGUAGGGAAGAACACUGAAAUUGCUUUCACAACUCCAAUGUCGUUUUUGAGUUUCGGAAGUCAUGCCUUACAUGCGAAUUAUCAAUGGACUGGGAGAUAGGUGCCAAAGUGCUUCUCCGAAGUACUGCUCCCCCAGCUUUGUUUGGUCCUUUAUGCAAAGUACAAGAAGUGUUGAAGCCCUGGAGCGCAGAACCGAUGUCAGCUGGCGCUGUGCUCUGUGUGUGGAGCAGCACGGGGUGGUUUUCACACCGAGCGUUCGAGGGCUUUCCACAGAAGUUCUUAAUGUUGCAAGGAGGGGCUCGCUGGGAACGUUACCUUGGGAGACUGGUCUGCACAACGCCAAGGUGAUGUUGUAGGUGGGCUUUAUCUCUGGCAACAAGAGGUUACAGCAAACAAUGCAUAGCUCAGCACGUCGUCAGCAGGGAGGGAGGGGAAGGCGUGGCAGCAGUGCUGCUGUGUGCUGUGUCACACUGCCACUUUCUGCCUGAGGCUCCGUGUGGCUCUGAUGGGUUGCUGCUGCUGGAGGGUGCAGCUGGGUGGCGUUCAGCUGGGUCAUAAAAGAAAAAAGAAGCUGCUUGCGGCCACUUUAAUGGACGUUUUCAUUUUGCUUCCAUUUUUACUCCAGGGAUGCCAUCUUCUGCACCCAGCAGGGCAUAACCGUAGCUGCAGGGUUCUGAACAAACAGGGAUCCAUUUGUACUUUGCUAAAAUCCUUUGCGUGCCCAUUGAGUUGUAACCCCUUUCCCAGCAGGAAUAGAAUAAAUACAGGCCAGGUUCUCAAGCAAAGACUGGUCCUGUCCAAAACGUGCAGCACCUCUGCACUGUCCUUUCAGCUUCAGCAACUGCAGGGCCUGGCAGCAGAGAGCUGAGCCUUGCCCCUGGAAACCAAGAUCACUUAUCUUCGUGUUUUAAAACUGCAUUGGGAUAUAUCUGAGCGUUUCAAUACUGCGCUACUCUGAGUUUCCUGAUUUGCAACAGCAUAGUUCAGUGCAGCUGUGGGAACGAUAUUCACCGUAUAAAUGCUUUUCAGUGGGGUCAGGUACGACCGCUCUCGCAGGGCAUUCCGGCUUACUCCUGGUUUACUGCUGGAGCAUGAAACGUGCAAGCUGAGAAAUGCCAGAGCCAGCAUUUUUGGAGUGUGGAUGCGAGCAGGAUGCGGUCAGCUCGCUGCAGGUGGAAGCAUCCUGGCAUUACCCGCGUGCAGGCACUGCCCGCUGUCCCUGUGUUCGUUAGGAACACACACGUGGCCGCGUGCUGCAGAGCUCCCCAGCUCCUCAGUCCCCAGCACCGGCCUCGGUGCGCUAACUGCAACGUAACCAGACAGUAAGAGGACACCUCCUGUUCACGUUAGCACUGGAACAGGGCUACCAGUCUGCUCUUUUUCCAGCUCCUCGUUUGUAGCCUUUUCUAAUACGAUUACUUUCAUUAGGAACACUUGGUACAAAACGCAGAAAGCCGUAACGUAGGUUCGUGGGCAAAACAAUUCAAGUAGCAUCCUCGAUGGAACAUCUUUUACCUCAGAUACUCAACCAGCAGUACUUUUUUUUUUUUAAUUAUUAUUUUAAGUGCAGUUUCAGUCCAUAUACUAUUCGUUACCUCUCAAGACUUUGGUAAGCAAUUAUUUUAACUUUACUCUUUGUAUUUGUCAGUGUUUUGGGCACAGGUUGUUGUACUACUGUCAGAUGUGCUUGCUGUUUUUCUGCAAGUACUAAAAACAAACCAACUCCCUCCCCUCCCAAUAAAGUGAUUGUUAAAUAUUGUACAAAUACAAAUGUAUGCUCUUUUUCCCCUAUUCCCCCAAAAAGUUAAAAUAAAAAAUGUGACUACUACGA